UAGAAGUUUGUUUCAUUAUAAUAUUUGUUAUACUACUCUUGGUGAGUGAGUACACAUGGUUCUUUGACAUUUAUUUUUUGGAAGGUGAAUAGAUGAACACAUCUCUCACCUCGCAAUUAAGGACUUGAGGUGGGUGAGGGGGAAAUCUAAAGUCGAACAAGUUUUCUUUUCUCAUGGGAGGAGCAAACGGGUGCAGGAAAAUAGAUAAAAGCUCUGUUUAAGAAGCUGGAGUUACUGCGAUAUGAUCUUCGCCAAGGAGCGCACAGAGAUUUGACCUUUUUUACCUAGAUUGAUUAUGGUAUUAUAGCUAUAGCGUAUAGAUACAUAUCGUGGUGACACGCCUGUCGCUUAUUACUCGGUUGUCGCAUCUCAAAUCAGAUUUUUUUACCUCUCUAGGCUACUUCACUGCAUGUGUGUUGUUUGGUUGAACGCGUGUGCUAGCGGGGUGUUUUGAAGUCAUUAGUCGCGUUAUCAACCUGCUACUCGGCUUCAGGAGCGCACAGACGUAUUAAAGGAAUAUCGGAAAGUUUAAUUUCCUCCAGAACGCACCCUGAUAGAUUUAACAGAUAAAGGACCUGCUGGAAAGUGUGUUGUGAAUGUAAGAGCGGGUAGUUGUAGACUGUUCUAGUAAAUCGAGACGCGUAAAAGUGAUUCAGAAGUCGUACAUAUGCAGAAUAACAUUCAUCUCCACACGUCCCGAAGGAUAUCAGCUCAGGUGUUCACCUCAAGUUCUCACGGAGUUUUGCAUCCCUCCAAGGACUUGCUUUGCUUGUGAUAAAACCUCGCGCCCACCGGUUAGGCUACCCAUCAGGAGACUACUAUCAUUUCACAGUCUAUUAACAAAGUACAGGCUGAACAUGAGCAGGAAAACACGCCGCUGGAUUUUUCACAUUUUCCUCUGUUUGGGGAUUAUAUAUUUGAAGAUUGGGGGUUUUUCCUCCGUGGUUGCGUUGGGAGCGAGUGUUAUCUGUAACAAAAUUCCUGGUUUGGCCCCUCGUCAAAGGACUAUCUGUCAAAGCCGGCCUGACGCUAUCAUUGUCAUUGGAGAAGGAGCGCAAAUGGGAAUCAAUGAGUGUCAGUUUCAAUUCAAAAAUGGAAGGUGGAACUGCUCGGCCCUCGGGGAAAGAACUGUCUUUGGAAAAGAGUUGAAAGUGGGAAGUAAGGAAGCAGCCUUCACCUACGCCAUUAUCGCUGCUGGAGUCGCCCAUGCAAUCACAGCGGCCUGCACUCAGGGUACGCUGAGUGGCUGUGGUUGUGACAAAGAGAAGCAGGGCUUCUACAACCAAGAGGAGGGCUGGAAGUGGGGAGGAUGCUCAGCUGAUAUUCGCUAUGGUCUGAGCUUCUCAAAGGUGUUCAUAGACGCACGGGAGAUCAGGCAGAAUGCCAGGACGCUCAUGAACCUCCAUAACAAUGAAGUGGGACGUAAGGUCUUGGAAAAGAACAUGCGUUUAGAGUGUAAAUGUCACGGGGUAUCUGGAUCCUGCACAACCAAGACUUGCUGGACAACCCUCCCAAAGUUCCGGCAGCUGGGUUACAUCCUCAAGGAGAAGUACAAUCACGCCGUUCACGUGGAACCGGUCCGAGCCAGUCGGAACAAGAGACCUACCUUUCUGAAGGUUAAAAAGCCUUACUCGUACCGAAAGCCCAUGGACACGGAUUUGGUGUACAUUGAGAAGUCGCCCAACUAUUGUGAGGCAGAUCCCGUGACGGGUAGCAUGGGAACCCAGGGCAGGAUCUGCAACAAGACUGCGCAGCAGGCCAACGGCUGCGAUCUCAUGUGCUGCGGCCGAGGAUAUAACACGCACCAGUACUCACGCGUAUGGCAGUGCAACUGCAAGUUUCUUUGGUGUUGCUACGUCAAGUGCAACACCUGCAGUGAACGGACAGAAGUGUACACGUGCAAGUGAAAUAUUUAUUGUUGAGGAAUUGAUACACACCUGUGACUAGGGUGAUAGAGAGCCUGCAAGUGUCGCAACAGGAUGACCACUGCUAUGGAUUCCAGGUAUUGAGAGGAAAGAGCAAUUUGCACUGGAAAACGUGGAGUGGAGUCUAGACGGAGUUCUGCUGAGGACUUUGGUGUUGGUACCAGUAGACACCUUAUUCCAGUACUAAGCAACAGAGCGAAGUAGCCCGUGAUCUGUAGACCGUGAGAAAGAUAUGGGGUGUGAUUAUUAAGGGUGUUCUGCUCUGUAGAUGGCACGGAAGGUAUUUCUGAGGAACUUUCUGCCCUGAGUGGUUGACACUACAGAUCUUACAACAUAAAAACUGUACAUGGACACAACAACGAUAUUUAACUUUUUAUUUAGAGAAAAUGGCUAAUGUUAAUUUAUUUAAUAAGGAAACUACUGAUUUUUUUCAUUGUGUUUACUAGCUUAGUUUUAGCUCUUCUCCUGUUUAAUAUUGUGCGUUUUGCAUAGAAAUAAACUGACCAACUUUUACACUGUACGUCAUGUGCUUUAGAUUAGGGAGGAACCAACGACAAUGCAAAAUACAAAAACAAGUGUGCUGGACUUGAGGUGUAAUUACUAGUCUCUGAAAGAGACUCUACUGUCUUUGAUGUAUCAUUGUAAGGCUUUGUGCUGCCAUUUUCCCAUCUCCUCAAGUGUCAACCCUUGCACAUAUAUUCCUAUGUACAAUUACACACUGGAAUUGUGCAUCGUGUUUGAAGGCUCAUUCCUUCCAAAAGUGAAUAAACAAGUAGUAACACUGGUUCUCAAGAACAUUUGUGACCAAACUGUCUUUAAAUUGGAAUGGUGCAAUUAAAAUAAAAAGUUCUACCCACUUAAACUUUGAGACCUCACAAAGCUUUAUGCUACCCUCGCUUUUGGCUAAUAUUUGCUUUGUUGGCAGAGAAAGAGAAUCAGUAAUUCACUUUUCGAACGGAAUAGCCUCAAUACAGAUGCCACACCUGCUACUGAUGUGGAAUGUUGUGAUCAGAUAACCAGUUCUAUUAAU